AUGGCAGACAGAAGAGCUGAGUCACUGCAUUCCUCCAUAGGGCUCCUGGGCAUUUCCUCAGGAUCACUCUUGCUGGCUGUGCACUUCUACAGUUUGCCCAGAGCAGCCCCCCUGAUCCCCAGCACCACUCUUGGAGUUCUCCUCUUGAUGUUAUCAUCUCUUCUGGCAUAUGCAGCAUUCUGGUGUGGCUAUGGAGUGCUCUUCAUCCUGGAAGGGCAAGGAGUUUUGAAUGCCACUGAUGAUUUCUGCAAUGCCUUGGUGCCUGGCCUGGUUACCUUUACUGUGGCACUGCUGCUUGUUGCAGUGGUGGGCUUCCUUUGCAGAGAGGUCAUCCUAGCUCUGAUUGCUUCUGCUGUCUCUCUUGCCAGUGCUCAUGAAGUUGCCAUGUGUUCCAGCCCAACUUUUGGUUCCUCUGCUGUGGCUUGCAAUUACAUGGUCAUCUGCUUGGUUGGUGGUUAUUUUGCUCUGGGAAGGAUUCUCUGUUUCCUAACCAAAGAGAAAAUUGUCCUUCCUGGCACAGAUCUGGCCAAGAAGAAGACCCCUGAACAGCUUCAGUCCACCAGUGGCAGUAUGAAUCGUUUUGCAGUCACUGGUCUGGUCCUGAACAUGCUCUCUGCCAGUGUCUUUGGCUGUAGGCUCCUGGGCAUCACUGGCAAACUGUUUAUUGGCCAAGUGCCCUGGCUGUGGGCAGCUGGGGUCUACCAGCUUGGCAUCUGCAUUCUGUCCUACCGAGCAAUGGAUGUUCUCAUGGCCACCUUCUUUGGUUUCACUUCCAUCCUGAAGUUUGCUGGAGGCUACUGCCUUCUAUACCUGAUCUGGCAACCAGAGGAACCAUCUUUCCCUACUCCACUCCUGGUGGUUUUCUCCAUCCUCUUUGUUGUCUUGGCUCUUUUCCUCACUCUGAAGAGCCCAGUGGGUGGCCUCUAUUUGCUCUUUUAUGUGGCCUACUGCACUGCAUUAGCUUGCUGUCCCAAGGGGUUUUUUGAAGGAGGACCCCAAGGUGUGGAUGUGGCCAUCUUUGUGGCCUCAGCCUUGCUGACUCUGGUUCACCUGUGCAACGUGGCAGCAAGUGCCAAGAUCCCAACAGGGGAGGGGGCUGCGAAGGCUCUGCUUGCUCGCAGCAGGGUGCUGAAGCUCCGGGAAGGAGCAGACCUCCACGCUCCCUACCUUGGCUAUUCCAAGUAUGCAGAUGCAGAAGUCCUGGGCUAUGCAUGCAGUGUCCUUGCUUCUUUUGCUAUAAUGAGGACAGGAGACCCCCAACCUCCACUUGCUACUGUUGUAAUUCCAUGGGUGGUGGUAGCUGGUGGGAUCCUUAAGCUUCUCAGUGGCUCAGUGGCCUUUGCCCGGGGUAAAACCUUGGAGAGCAGUGCCUUCAUUCUCUAUGCUGUCAUGUGGAUCAUCUGGGGCUUCACCAGAUAUGGUGGCCUCUAUGGCACUGCCAGGAGCUUCCAUGCAGCUGUAGGCAUCGUUGCCUUCAUGCUUUUCAAUGGCUUCCUUGUCUUCUGCACACUGUUCUUAAACAUUGCCUGGUUCCUUUACUCCCUCACUUUCUUGCUGAUCUCUGGCAGCUUCUUGCUGGAUGCCAUCUAUGCUCUUCCAGCUGGUUAUGACAUUGCUGCUACUCUCCUCUUUGGCCUGGUCAGCUUUUACUGCUUCCUCUCUGCCCUUUUCAACAGCACCUUUGAGGGUUCCUGCUUAUCAAUGGGCAGGCCCAUUGUGCAGCUCAGUGGUGUGGGGGGAGGAACCACCAAGUGCCUUCACCUGCCUGCCAGGAAAGCUUCCUCAGUCAAGAGAAUUGCAGAUAUCCUGAAGAACGGAGGGACUUGUGGCAUCCCCACAGACACUGUGUACGUGCUUGUGGCAGCCUGUCACCGGCCUGAUGCUGUGGAGAAGGCUCACCAGUCCAAGCGCCAGGCUCAGGAUCGUCCCAUGUCACUCUGGAUUUCUAGCCUGAAGCAACUGGAGCCUGCAAAGCAUUUGUUCACUCCCCUCCUCUGGGACUUCAUGGAGGCUGCCUGGCCAUCUCCUAUUAGCUUGGUGGUUCCCAGAGGUGCCUGGGUGGACCUCCUGGGAAUGAAGGACUCUGCUAAAUACGUGGGCACCCCUCAGAGCAUCGCCAUCCGCAUCCCCGACUGCUCUGUCACCACACACCUCAUCGACAUGGUUGGCCCCAUCGUGGUCACAUCAGCCAACCCAACUGGAGAGGCAGAUACCACACACCACAACCAAGUGUAUGCCAAGCUGGGAGAUAAGGUGGAUGCUGUCCUUUGUGAUGGGCCUUCUCCAGAGAACAUUGCCUCCACCGUGGUGGACUGCACCAAAAUUGACAGUGGAAACAUUGGAUUCUUCAGAGUUGGGAUCAUCCCCAAGGCACAGGUGCUGCAGAUACUGGAGCAGGUGCAGAAGAAGCACUCAUUGGUUCCUCACAGUGAUCCUUGCACCACCAAAGGCCAGGGAGAACAUCUGAACCACAGCCAUGCUGUGCACAACGGGGUGGGUUUGGCUGCCUUGGAAGAGACCUCACCAGCUCAGGCCCCUGAUGAUGACCAUGAGAGCUACACUCGCCUCUGACU